GGUGUCUGCUGGUGCUGUUGGGUUGCGGUGGUUUUACAAUCAUCUACCGCGGGCGGUGGAGUGAUCGUCGAUCGUCAAAUAAGCGUUUCGUGUCUUGUGCUUGGAAAAGUACUGUAAGGAAAUUCAUUAUGGAUGAGGAAUACGACGCUAUUGUUUUAGGAACUGGCCUAAAAGAAUGUAUCUUGAGUGGGAUGUUAUCUGUAAGUGGUCGGAAAGUCCUGCAUAUGGAUCGAAAUAAGUACUAUGGAGGAGAAAGUGCAUCUAUUACUCCCCUCGAAGAACUCUUCUCAAAAUUCAAUAUGCCUGCGACACAAUUAGAAGAAUAUGGAAGAUCUAGAGAUUGGAAUGUUGAUCUUAUUCCAAAGUUUUUAAUGGCAAAUGGACAACUAGUUAAACUUCUCAUACACACUGGAGUCACAAGAUACUUAGAAUUUAAGUCCGUUGAAGGUAGCUAUGUGUAUAAAGGAGGAAAGAUAUAUAAAGUUCCUGCUGAUGAAAAAGAAGCCCUAGGAUCAAAUUUGAUGGGCAUGUUUGAAAAGAGGAGAUUUCGAAAUUUCUUAGUUUAUGUACAAGAAUUCAAUCCAGAAGAUCCAAAAACAUUUAAGGACGUUGAUGUCAAUGUCACGACAACUGCUCAACUCUAUGAAAAGUUUGGUUUGGAUAAAGACACUGCUGAUUUUACUGGGCAUGCUUUAGCUUUGUAUCGUGAUGAUGAUUAUUUGGCAAAACCAUGUUUAGAAACUGUCAACAGAAUCAAACUUUAUAGUGACUCCUUGGCACGCUAUGGAAAAAGCCCAUAUCUGUACCCUUUAUAUGGCCUAGGAGAACUUCCUCAAGGUUUUGCAAGAUUAAGUGCUAUCUAUGGAGGAACCUAUAUGCUUGAUAAACCUAUCGAUGAAUUAGUCAUGGAGAAUGGCAAAGUUGUUGGCGUACGUUCAGGAAAUGAAACUGCAAGGUGCAAGCAAGUCUACUGUGACCCUUCAUACGUUCCAGACAAGGCAGAAAAAGUCGGCCAGGUUGUCAGAUGCAUCUGCCUUUUGAAUCACCCCAUUCCAAAUACUAGAGAUGCUCUUUCAUGCCAGAUUAUCAUUCCACAGAAACAAGUUGGCAGAAAAUCAGAUAUCUAUGUAUCCCUUGUAUCUUAUACACAUCAAGUGGCAGCAAAGGGUUGGUUUGUUGCCAUGGUGAGUACUACUGUGGAAUCUGACAAUCCAGAACAAGAAAUAAAACCUGGUUUAGACCUAUUGGGACCAAUUAAACAAAAGUUUGUAUGGGUUAGUGAUGUUUUCAAACCUAAAGAUUAUGGUGAAGCAAGCCAAAUAUUUAUAUCAGAGUCAUAUGAUGCAACAUCUCACUUUGAAACUACCUGUCUAGAUGUACUUAACAUCUUUAAACGAGGAACUGGUGAGGACUUCGACUUUUCCAAAGUAAAACAUGAUCUUGGAGAUGAACAGGAAUAAUUAUGUAAAAAGAAUAUCUGCAUCAUCUGCACAGUAUCACUGAGCCUAGCUGAUGCUGUUUUUCCUGUUUAAUUCAAUAUGCGGCAGGGCUUGAUUUAAGCGUAUGCUUCUGUCUUUUUGGGUGAUCAUCAACAUCACCAACUGCUUCAAGUGGUGAUUCCAAAAUGAAAAAUAAAGAAAUUACAGAAAAAAAUGUGGCCAUGAUUUUGAUUGGAUUAUAACUGAGCUAUUAUUACUCGUUUUUCAUAUUGUGAUUUGUAGUCCAUGAAUUUUAAUAUUUAAGAUCAGUGACUAGCUAUAAAAAUAAAGAUAGUCAAAUAUCUUUGUCAUAGUUUUGGUAGAAAUAUAUAUAUAUAUGCCUGCUCGCUCAACAAAACAGCAAGAGCUGAAUGUUUCACUUGAAAGCUAUUCUUCUUGUCUGAUUUAUGAUCGCAAACCAUAUGAUAUAUAUAAUUGUUAUGAUUGUAAAAAAUAAAAAAAAAAAUAAAAAUCCCAAAGCUACCAGUUUGUGAUAUAAUUAUGUCAAAUAUACUGUGAGUGUUUGUGGCACCUUGGGAUAUUCCCUAAAACACUAAGGCUUUGCUCUGUAUGUCAUCAGGUUUCUUAUUAAAAAACAAAAAGCACAUUUGAUGAUGGUUUUGCUUUAGUACUUUCUUCUGAACUAUGUUUACCGUUGUCACACAUAAAUAUUUUAAAUUUACUUUUCAUUUAUUUAAAGCUAUUCUGAAGAGGAUUCUAUGUGUAAAAAUAAAAUAAAAUUGUAUUGGAAGAA